GAGGAGGCGCGGGGAGGCGGAGGAGGGAGGGGGCGGGAGAGAUUAGUUUGGGAAGUAGCACAGAUUGCUCAUCCGAUCUGUGCAGCCGCGACUGCUGUGUCAAGUUACAGAGGCGCCGGAAUCGGCCCUGCGCUCCCCCGCAGCGGCCCGACCCACCGCUGCCCCCGGGCUUUGCCGGGCGCCCCUCCCGAGGAGGACCCAGCGCGCAACCGAGCCCAGGACCCUGCAGAUAACUAGACGCGGGGGAAACUUGGUGGAGAGCAGAGAAACCAGAUUCCCCGAACUUUCCCGGACUUGGAACUUGAGUUCGAGACGCCGGAGAAUGGUGGCCGAGCGCACCCGCAAGGCGGCGGCGGCGGUGCCCGGAGCCCGCGGGCCUGGGGAGCUGGGCGCGCCCUUGCAGGGGCCGGGGGUGGCCUGGGCGGCGGAGCGCUGCGCGCGGCUGCCAAGCGCGGGGUCGUGCGGGCUCCUGGCGCUGGCCCUCUGCUCGCUGGUGCUCAGUCUGCUCGCCCACUGUCGGACUGCGGAGUUGCAGGCCCGGGUGCUGCGCCUGGAAGAGGAGCGCGGGGAGCCGCAAGUGGACCCGGCUAUUUUGGGACGAGUCAACCGACUGCUGGACGAGAAAUGGAAGCUCCAUUCUCGGACGCGCCGGGAGGCCCAGAAGACUUCUCCAGAGUGUCACUGCCCACCAGCUCUUCUCUAGGCCUGGAACUGUGCACAGUGGGUUGUGAACUCAGAUAAGAUAAAGGACAUGGUGCAAAUUACAAAGCACUGAAGAGAAGCUGAGUCCUUGAAGCCGGGGACCUGGCUUCUUAUGUUCACAGUUGUGGCUCCAGCUCCAGGCACACAUAGGAGGGGGGAAACUAGUGUUUUC